CCCGUCUUGUUGGUUCAGGUACCAUGUACCACAUUCAUACCACAUUACGUCCUACUUUCUAUGGAAUUUCCAACAUUGAAAAUAAGAAUUCCAACUUUAAAGCCAUGAAACAUUAAUUUUUACCACAGCAAUUUACCUAUCAUACCUUGCACUCAAACUAUAACCUCUCACCUCUUCCUUAAUUGUACAUACACAAUUGCCAGAUCCAAUUACCUGAUCCUCUGAAGUCGUUCCUGAAGUCGUUCCCUAUCAAGAAGAUACCUACAUUACCUUCGUUUUCUCGAAGCUUUGCGAUAUAUAACAUAGAAUCAGACAAUUCCGAAUUGCAUUGGGUUAUGUUCGGGGGGGAGGAGAUAGAAGAAAAAAAAAAAAAGAAACAGGAAAGAAAUCUUACAAUCUUAGGAUAUGGCAUCUGCCGUUCAUCGUCGAGUGGCCAAGGCGCCCUUUCAGAUCCAUCACGACCAACCUAGAGACCAAACCUCAGAUACCGAGGAGCCUAUACAGAGCAAUGCACGAAGAGCCGAAGAAGAAUAUGACGACCACGACGACCACGAUGCUCAUGACGAUCAUAAUGAUCACGAUUAUUUAUUAGCGGAAGAGGGCGAAGACGAAGAACAAGAACAAGAACAAGAAGAAGAAGAGAAUCCAGCCGAGGAAGACGACGGCUGCGAGACAGACUCCUCCGAUGAUAGCGACGAGAUCGAUCUCAGUGUUCAGCAUGAUAUGGACAAAUUACAGGCAGCUUUCCCUAACUUCAAAGAUAAUUAUCGCCUGAUAAAGCGCAUUGGUGAAGGAACCUUUUCCACGGUUUAUAAGGCUGAAGACAUACAAUACCACCGGUACGAGAAUCGUUGGGAUAUAGACGCGGUAGAGAAUCAAUGGAGACCUCCGCCUCUUAGAAACUCUCGAUCUAGUUCUGCCUCAUCUCGCACUCGCCAAAAGCCAAAAUUCGUCGCGAUCAAGAAGAUCUACGUAACAUCUUCGCCCGCUCGUAUCCUUAAUGAGCUCGAAUUACUUCACGAUCUACGAGAUUCCCACUCUGUCUGUCCCCUGAUUACAGCUUUCCGCGAAGCAGAUCAGGUCCUAGCUAUCCUCCCAUACUUCCGCCACCAAGACUUUAGAAAAUACUACCCCCAUAUGAGCGUCUACGACAUGAGAGUAUACUUCCGAUCCCUCUUCACAGCUCUCGCUGCCGUACACGAAAAAGGCAUUAUACAUCGCGACAUUAAACCCACAAACUUUCUCUACGAUCCGGAUAAGAAGCGCGGGGUUCUGGUAGACUUCGGCUUGGCCGAGCGAGAGGGUAUAGACACUAAACCAUGUCUCUGCCACGAAGAUCGACAGGUGAGGAAGCAGAAGUUGCAACAGUCCGUCGCAUUCAGCUCAGUUCAGGCUGGUCCGCAACCAGGCUACCCGGUGAAUGAUACCCGUCCUUCUCGUCGCGCCAACAGGGCGGGGACCCGCGGAUUUCGAGCGCCCGAAGUUCUAUUCAAGUGCACGGAACAAACGACCAAAAUCGACAUCUGGUCUGCCGGUGUUAUUCUUUUAACCAUCCUCUGCAAACGCUUCCCUUUUUUUAACAGCGCAGAUGACGUCGAGGCGCUAAUCGAAAUCGCUACUAUAUUCGGCUCCAAAAAGAUGAAGAUGGCGGGACAGCUGCACGGCUGCGUCUUCGAUACGAACAUACCUACUAUCGGCGAGAGGGGCUUUACUUUUGAAAAGAUCAUGCUAUGGAGUACGUGUAGGAGCGACGUUAGCAAGGACGGUAGACCCAGCACGUUGACGGAAGAGGAGAAGGGCGCCAUCGAGUUUCUGACAAGGUGUAUGGAACUGGACCCGACGAAGCGGAUCAGCGCCAAGCAGGCGUUGGCCCACGAGUUUCUGCAGAUCGACGCGGAUACGGAGCCGGAACCGGAAUUAGAAGACGAUGUAAUGAUGUUAUGAUAGCUCUGAAAUAAGAUGGUGGCAUUUUAUCUACCUAUGAACGCUAUACGGGAUGGGAUACAGUAUCCUCCUUCGAAAGGCAACACGGAUAGAAAAUCAACCUUCGCGAUUGUGUACUCUUAUGGAGAUUCUAGGACUAUGUAUAUGGAUGGAUCCUUACGCGCACUGCUGUUGCCGUGGCCGUGUACAGGGCGUUUGGAAUAAGUGAACGCGAGAGAGUAUUAGGAGUUGGCUAUCAAGCUAAGCUGUCACCUCAUAGAAUAUAGCAGUAGAGCGGCAAGAAGCCUAGGUACCCAGGUAAUCAAUGUGCUCCGAUCUAGAGCUUGUACUCAAUAAUAUAAGCUAAAUGCGAAUAACUUUAUAUUGCUUUUGUUUAAGAAUUUAGGGGUGGAAACUGGGAAUAGGUGUAGGCACCUAACUAGGGCAAUUAGAUACAGACGCUGGUUACGAG